AUGAAGAAGCAGAUAGAUAAUAGUUAUAAUUUAUAUCAACAUAUCUGGAAUUAUAAACAAUCUAAUAAAUAUAUAUCAUAUAAAACUGCAUCAUCCAAAAAGCAACAAAAUAAAGGAUCAAAAAUAAUUAGUUAUCUUUUUUUUGUAAAUUCAUCUAAGAAUGCAGCUACUUUAUAA